AUGGCCGACUCUUAUACCAGUUCUUCCUAUUACUACAGCUCCAGUUCUUCGACCAGCACGGGCGAAGGCACAGCCACUGCUACCGGGCACCGAUACUCUACUUCCUCGCACACUGAUCCUGAUGGAACGACUGUCGUACGUACGGCGCACCAAGACCUGGGAGAGGCUCCGGUCAUUGAGGAGCGGCGCUAUGAUAGUACAGGCCAGGAACAGUUAGCUCUCCCUGGUCCGGCGGGGUCGUCUGCUGGUGGUGUGAGACGCAUUACGGAUCUUGAUGAGUAG